CGGUGAUUGGAGAUUGGUAUUAGAAACCUCUGAAAAUAAUUUUCGACGGAGAUGACGAAGAACUCCCAAAAAAAUGAGCGGUGAAAGAUACUAGGAGAGAGAUGAGUGUUGUAUCGAUUUUGGUGACGCAUGAGAAAGAGAAUAUAGGUGGUUUCGAAAUUGAAUAGGCUGUAGGUAGCGUUACACGAACCUAGGGGCAGAAUAGUCAUAAAAUCAAGCGCGUGUUGAUGAAAAAAGCACUUUUCCAUAUCUGCAAAUUAAGCGGUUAUGCUUGUAUAUGCAGUGCAAUUUCUCUAUUAAAAAAUUACUAAUUUUUACUUAACCUAUUUUAUUUGCUUAAAAACAACAAUAACUAUAGCUAAUCAACUAAUAAAAAUCAUACUGCAGAAUAUAAAUGGCUUUAAACAUCAAACUACAUUUAUUUCUUACAUUAAAAAUUCGAAAACAUUAUUUAAAAUAAAACAAAAACAAAUUCUGAAAAUACUAUUUAAAGUGGAAAAGGAAGAACGACAAAAAAAAGUGGAAAAGGAGGAAAUAUUAGAUUAAACCAGAAUUUCACCAUAAAGGAACCAAUAAAAUAGUUGCCAAAUAAUUCACUUUUAUAGUUUUAUACGUUUAUACAAUUGAAAUUUACCAUUGCGCCACAUUCCAAUUGUGUUUCUAUCUAUGGACCAUUAUUAAUUUUUUUUCUUUUCAAAAAGGCUUUGGUUGUUAACCCAUUUUCGAAUAUCAAAUUCGUCUAUACUCGGAUUUGGCCUACGGAAUAAGUGAUUAACAUAGCUGAUUAGGGCAUUUAUUGUUAAAACACGCAUCACAUUUACAGCGACACAUAUUCACGUCUUAUUACAGGUAAUUGACACCGGUUCGGGUCAUGACGCGGCUACUCUUCGAAACCGAAACUUGAUUUCCACUUGGUUUAUUGUUAUUUGACUAAUUAAUAUCGUGCAAGAGACCAGCCAUAUUUACACUUAACUCCUGAAACCGUGUUGCUAGGCUUUAACUUUCUGUGCGCUUCAAUGUCACUAAUCCACCAGACACGACCAAAGUUUUUUUCUUCUUUGGCGUGAUAUGUGCGUGAUUUGUAUGACAAUAAAAUAUGGUUUUCCUUCUUUUUUCAAAAAAUACUUUUUAAUAAACUACGUAAUCAUAGUUCAACACGCAAAUAGUCAAGACUGACACGUACUUGAAAACUCCACACACGUCAAUCCAUGGCAUCAACGUAACAAUAAGUGGUGGUCUUAGUCAAAACCCCCGAAAUCUUCUAAUUAUCAAACAUUUUAGAAGAUAGUAUAAAGUUAAAAAUAAUAUUUUUUCAAUAAUCUUUUGAAGAAAACCAACAAAAUAUAUUAUCUUUCUUUUUGGGAAAAUAUAAAUCAAACCUGGCUAAUACGUAAUCAAUUAAUGCUAUUACAGCUCACAAGUUGACCAACUUAUGUAUUUUAAUUAUCAGAAAAUGUUUAGUUUAAAUUUAAAUGUUGGAUAGAAGAUGAUAAAGACGGAACAUAGAAACGAGUAUCCUCUUUGAACAAAAAAAAAGAAAAGAAACGAGUAUCCUCUUUUAUUUUCUUGGGCAAAGAAUCAUGAAUUGCAUGGUAGUUCUUUUUUUUUCUUUGCUUAACCAUGUGGUCAUAAAAAAGCAAGAACUUACAAAUCAAUGGAAUCUAUAAUAUUAUUUAUUAAAACUAAUGAUUCAUCAAUAUAAAAUUGUGGAGAACAUAAAAAAUCAGUAAAAAAAAACUUCUUAAACAAUAAUACAGAUACCAUAAUUUAGAAAUGUUUCAAAAAAACCAUAGCUACACAUAAUUCUCAUCAAAUAAGAAUAAAUCGAGCUUAGAUAAUUCACAUAAAACAAAAACACUGAGUCAUAUUUUAGUAUUUUCCGUUAUAUAUGUAUAAAUUUAUAUAAUCAUUAUUGGAAUUAUAUAUCUAUAUAAGAACUUUAAAAUAUCAUCUCAUUCUAAUUUAUUAAUUUUUAUACAGAUCAAUUCGAAACUUCUAAAUUUAAUAUUUUAACAUGUUAUAAUUAAUCAAGUAAGUAUUAAUUUUUAAAAAGUUUAACUAUAAAUAGUUUCUAAGUUUUGGUUAGAUAUGACUACGAAAUAGUGAACUGAUGCCUUUAUUUAAUCAAGGACGAUUAGACCUUUAGUCAGCAAUGUUUUUUCUAUGUUUUGAAUUAGUAUCACUGAUCUGAACUAUGACAUCCAUAUUCAAGCACUGAAAUUUUUUCACCACAUUCCAGACAAAAUGUUGAGAGCUGGAAAGAUGGCGACAGCUCCAGUUACAUUUUUUCUUAAUUUUCUAUCGUUAACUUUAAAAACGAUUCUUUGUUCGUAGUGUUAAGAUUCAUUUAUAAUAUCUAUGUUUUGACAUGGUUAACCAAACAAUUUAUUUGAUUAUUCAGGUUGGAAUGAGAGGGGCCAUGGGGAAGGUAAAUGAUGAAAAAAGAUAUGAGAGUAGUACAAAUUUUUAUGGGGAUCUUGUGGCACCUUUUAAAGAACAAAUAUCAAUGACUCUAUCACCCAAUAGUUGGACUACAAAAUCUUUUGUGGGUCAAAUAAUUCAUCACUAAUCAUAUGAAUUGGAGGCAUAACUUUAAAUAUUGUUCUUUUGUUGAUAGAUAUUUUCGCGAAUGCACAGUAAAUAUAGAGGGUAAAAAUAUGAUUUCUGCAAAUUUUAACUAAAUACAAUACUUAUGCAUAAGAAAAACUCCCCCAAUCCUCAGUCUUUUUCUUUGAAAAUGGCUCUACUGUAAAUCUCUUGUCACAUCACACAGAAUUUCAGGAUAUAAAAAACUCAUCAAGCAUCAAUCAUACUGUUUAAAACGUGUUCAUUCGUUGGAAUGAGCUUUAUCUGGAAAUAUAACAUGGCUUUUCAAACCGGUAAAGAAAAAGAAGCGGAAUAAUGUAAGAGCCAGUAUUCUUGUGUCAUGAGCAUAUAUAAGUAGGAGUGAUUAACAGAUUUAUGUUCAAAUUGGACAUAUGGUAAAAUUAAGAGGGUUGGACCAGACUCUUACAUAUAUAUAUGCCCACGAUGGAAUGACGCUCCGUCUCAUAACGUCUGUUGUCUUAAUUUUACCAUACAUCCAAUUUGAACAUAAAAUUGUUAAUGAAUGUUGUAGGAGUCUGCGGUAAUGGAUCAAGCUCCUACUUAUAUAUGCUCAUGAUAGAAUGACGUUCCGUCUCAUAACGUCUUAAUUUUACCAUAUAUCCAAUUUGAACAUAAAAUUGUUAACGAAUGUUGUAGAAGUCUGCCGUAACUUGAUGAAUAUUGUUGGAGUCUACCGUACAUGAAGACAUUAUGAGACGGAGCGUCAGAGCCACUCAUCUUCACUUCCUACGAGUUAUAUAAUUUCUUUUGUAACAAAUACUUAAAAAACAUGCAGUGAGACAUUAUUAAUAUCUUUCAGUAAAAAUUACGUAAUAGAAACUGUAAAAGUACGUAGUAUAUUCGCCGUUAAAAUUAUUGGCUGGUAACUAUUUUGAUAUUUAAAUUGCAGUAUUUUUUAAAAAAAUAUGCAUAUCAAUCAUAAUAAAAUUUAAUAUAAAUUAAUUAAGUUAAAAUAACAUAUCAAAAUUAAAAUAAAUUAAUUUAAAUUUAAAUUUAAAUUAAAUAAUAUGAUUAUGUAUAUAGUCUAAAAAAGAUACCUAUAUAUUUACAUACAACUUUAUGUAUGUAAAAUUUUAGCUACCAAAUAGAAUUAGCAUUAAAAUAAUUGGAAUAAUAUUUUAAAAUAAUUCAAAUAGGAAACGUUUUGACUAACUACUAAACAGCUAUAUUUUUUUUGAAAAUGUUUCAUUAACUAAGAAACCUAAACGUAUGACAUGGAUACAUUAAAAGUUAAAAUUGUUAAAAAGAAAAAGGUAACCGUAGGAUAACUAGUGGAACACCAAAAAAAUUAUUUACUCAAUUUCUAAUACAUGAAAAAAUUGUUUGAUGUUGGGUUAACAAUUGAGUUAUCAAUUUUACUAAAGAAAUAACUCAAGAAUAACACAUUAUAUAUGUAAUGAUCAAGUACUACAAAAAAAUUAUGAAAAAACUAUCAAACCAACCUACUGCUAAACAUGGUAUAACAACGUAUGUCUUUUGUUUUUUGAUCAAACAAUGUAUGUCACACUACAUAUAUGUAGCAGUUUUUUUUUUUUUGUAACUGUAUGUAACAGUUUUCUUGUUGUUUGAUCGGAAAACGGUGAUAAAAGAGAUGUGGGUUUAACAAAGACGUUUUAUUAUGGUCGGAAGAAACGUUCAGUCGGUUACAAGAGAAGUAGAGAGAAUGCGACAGAGAAGAGGCCGGUAACUCGACGAGCUACCGGAAAAGUACAAAUAACGGCAAGAUGAAGUAAAGGUGAAAACCCUAAUCUAGCCGCCAAGUGUUAGUCAGAUGAUUUCGGAUCCUUUUCUCAUUCUUCUUCCUUCUCCUUAUAUAGUCCUCUGAUGUGUCGUUCUUGACCUAGCUUAUGUCGUCUUCGUGGGCUUUCCUUAUUUGGCCGAAAGGCCCAUAUUCAUCCGAGCGGUCGCCGAGCUGGAUGCCUCUUAGUCGACGACGGUCGACUCAAGGUACUCUAGAGGCGAGCCGAGAGACUGACCUUUUAAGCCGACUAUCCGAGCCAUCGCUUUCUUUGGUCCGGGCCAGGCCUUCUAUUCCUUGGGCCUUGUGGGAUGGUUAGAUCCAUUCCCUACACUUGUCAUGCGAUAAUUCGGAACCUCAUAUUACACAGGUCAGGAAACUACUGAUGAAAAUGUUGAUGCAUUUCUCAAGUUGUAUAAUUGUAUUAUCUAUUGAAUUCUCUACAAAUAGUGUGAAUCACUUCGAGAUACACUGACGUGUGGAAACUGAAGGGAGACCUUGACCAUGAAUUAGGUUAGUAGUUGUAUAUUUCCUUUUUCUUUAGUAACAAAACGAAGAAAAAUUUAACUGUUUUAUAAUAAAAAGUCUAGCCGACCAGACUUUCCUUCAAAAAAGACCAAAAACUCUUAACAAUUUCAACAAUGUUAUAAUAGUUGGAAAGAAACAUCCUAUUUUCCUUUUUUAUAUCUUUUCAAACACGGUCUUUGUUUUUGUAUCUACCUGCACUACCACCUUCCUCUCUUUUGCCUUUUUAGAAAACACUAUAAUCUCUAUAUAUAUAUUUCCUCUAUGCAGACAAAUUCUAUAUCUUCAACAUCUCCUCUAACACGUUUAGUUCAUUGAUACACAUUCAUGGAGAAGAGUUUCAUGUCUGAGUGCAAACAAUCUUCUUCUAUCACUUUCUUUACUCUGUUCAACUUGUUCCUCGGGUUCUGCAGAUGGCUUUCUUCUCCUCGCAUCUUUUUAUCCACAUUCUUUCCUCUUCUUCAACACCACCAACGUGUUGAAGAGAGUUUGAUCAAACACAUAGAAGAACGAGAAGAAGAUGAACUCUGUAAAGAAGACGCAGAGAUUGUUAUGAGAAGCUUAGGGCUUUCACCCGACUCAGAAAGCGAUGGGCUUCAAGAACGGUACAGUUCCAAGGAAAUUUCGAGUUUGUUCGAAGAGAAAGAGGCGAGCUUAGAGGAGGUGAAGCAAGCUUUUGAUGUGUUCGAUGAGAACAGAGAUGGCUUUAUCGACACUACAGAGUUGCAGAGAGUUUUGACAACACUAGGGUUCAAAGAAGGAUCAUGUGUAGAGAAUUGCAUGGUUAUGAUCAGAUCACUAGAUGGAAACAAAGACGGAAUAAUCGAUUUCAAUGAAUUUCUGAAGUUCAUGGAGAAUAGCUUCUGCUGAAUCAUAUGAUAUUAUAUUUUUCUUUAACCAUAUCAAUUCUUUUGUACUUCAAAGCACACUCUUAGCUUAUUGAUCCUUAUCCUUUUGGGAUGAGAUUGUGUAUGUUAAAACACUUAGACAUGAUUCUUGAUAUUAAUCAGACUUUCAUGAUAUUUUGAAAA